GUAUUCUUCAAUCACCACCACCAUGUCCGCCAGCAAUGGGGCAACAAGCGUCUGGCAGCAGGCUUGGGACACCGCACAACCGAAACUUGCAUCUAUACGAGAGUCAUUGAGUUCCAGUACAUCGCCAGACCCACGUAUCAUUCGAGUUGGUCAGCUUGAUGCCGAACUUCUUGACCAAGAGCUCGUCCAUUUGCUCCAGGAGCCAUUGAGCAAAGCACUAGUUCUCGUCAACGCUACUCUUAAAGCUCGAUUUGAACCAGAACUGAGUCUCCUGAUCCAAUUGACUCUGUACAAGCUUUCGAUAUGGAGCACUGGUGCAAGCUAUGGUGCCAAGCUCCAGGGUCUCAAGUAUAUUGCACCUAGUUCCUCAAAUACAUCUUCCCAAAAACUCCCUCGUCGGUUACUUCUCAUACAUGGCACGCUGACCAUCAUCAUUCCUUAUCUCCACAAUCGCUUACGAGCUCAUGCGCUCUCACACGCUUGGCCUGAUACUCCCUCGUCCGAUAGGAGGCGAAAAGCUUGGAAUUUUUUGACUCGUCUUGAAUCAACUCACGCGUUGUGCGCCCUAGCAAGCUUUGUCGCGUUUUUAUGGGAUGGACGUUAUCGCACAAUAGCAGAUAGAAUAUUGCGUUUGGCGCUUGUUCCCAGUCGCAAUCUGGUGAAGCGCGAGGUUAGCUAUGAGUUUAUGAACCGCCAGAUGGUUUGGCACGCCUUUACCGAAUUCCUUCUCUUUCUUCUGCCUCUUGUUAGCGCACGGUCCUUACAGCGUCGCCUUUCCCGCCUUUCAUCUAAAUUGGCUUUAUCGAGAUUCCUUCCCUCCUUCUCUCCCACAAGCCUCGCCAGAGAGAAACCGCAGAAACGCGGUAAAUACUGGACACUCUCCAAUGACCAAUGUGCAAUAUGCGCAGAGAAUGCCUCGUUCAAUCUGAAUUUGUCGGAUUCUGCCAAUGCCCUCACGUCCCUCACCACGGCAUCUCCAUUCUCUAAUACUAGCGAUUCAUCUUCAACAUCACAGGCAGCUGCUGAAGACGAGGUGCCGCCGUACCCAAUAUAUACGCCAUACAUCACGUCUUGUGGACACAUAUACUGCUACCACUGUAUCGCCGAACGGAUGAUACGUACAGCAGAUGAAGGUUUAGAUGAUUUAGGAUGGGAGUGCUUGCGAUGUGCAGAGAACGUACGAGGUGCCGACCGAUGGGAGGCUGAGGUAUCGAUAUCUUCGAGAGAUUCUGGUUCGGAGGGGAGUGACGAUGACUAUGAAUUUAGCAGCGAGCUGGGAUCCACAGAUAUUUCAGGAAGCAUGGGUAGUUACAGUGGAUCAUUCUCAGAGUGAUAAAUUACGCUGUGAUGAGAGCACCAUGCAUCAUGUGUUGGGAGAUCACAUGAGGUAUUGAAGCCACGCCUUGUCCGAUUUUCAUCCUAUACAAACUGAAAUUCUGCUAUGGAUACAAUUCGCUGUAUGGAAUACACGAAGCUGCCGAAAUUGCACCACAACUAUCUACAGUGGGGUUGGGCUGAACCUGUCAGCUUUGAACAUGUCCACAAUAUUUCUUGUGCUCGUCAACUUGAUGACCGCGUAAUCGGCUUCUCGCUGUCUUUUACCAGCACUGAUACUGUCUGUUAUCCACUCUGGCCUAACAACGCGUACAGAUUUUCUGGACUUGGUAUUUAGAAGCUUGUGUGUCUUGGAUCCACUUAGUUGUUGAGAAGUGAUUAUAUGUGUCGCGCCAGUUGGUGUGUUUCUUUAAAGGUGGUAAGAAACCAGACGGCUGACGCACAAAAAAUGAAGAACAAACAGCGCAAUGCCUCCA